AUGGUUCUAUCAUCAAGGUACAAACUGUUAGUUGAUAAAUCACCUAUUUUGAAAUCAUUAUUAUCAUUAGAUUCAGAUGAUGAAUCAAUAGUUACAACAAAAUCUAAAAAUACAUCAGCAAUAACAAAAUUAUCAAUUAAUCAAGGUCCAACUUAUUUAUCAACUUUUGAAAUAGAUCCAAUGAUUAUUUGUUCAUUUUUAAAUAUCUCAUCUGAUAAAGAUACUUUUAGUUAUGAAAAUGUUGAAUAUUUAAUUGAAUUUUCACGUCAAGUUGCAAUAUCAAUAUGUUAUAUAUUUGGCUCAGCUAUACUUGGCUCAACAGAAAAUGAAGGUUUUAGUAAAUUGAUACUGGAAAGUGGUGAUGCCAUUGAAAAAGCAUCUCAAUUGAUUGUUUCUAAUAAUAAACUGAUUUUCCAAUUAUUAGAUAAUGAUUAUAAAACUUUCAGACAUCCAAAUACAGAAUUUGUUUUACUUUAUCUUUUAAACAGAAAUAUGCUAUCUAUAAGAAAAAAUGUUCAUGAAUUAAAACUAAAAGAUCCUAGUUAUGAAUCUGGUAAUAUUACUAUGAAGGAACUUAUUGAGACUGAUGAAAGACUUUCAAAGGUACAUGAUUUAAUGGCUAUAGAACAUACAAAAAUUGGUUUCCCUUUCAUUGAUUCAAAUCCAAACAUAAAUCAAAAUGAAUAUAUAUUUGAUCAUGAAUGUCAAUUAACUGCAAAACAAAAGGCAAGGAAGUUAGAUUAUUUAGUUAUUGAACAAUCAUUAGGUCCAAGAAAUGAUUUAUUUAAUAUUGAUUUACAUUCAAGAACUAUGAAGAUUGGUAAACUUCAUAAAUUAGUUAAAGAAUGUUUCCCAAAAGCAUCAAAAUUAAGAAAUAUUCCAGAAAGAUACAAUGGGGAUUCAUUAAUUGAUUAUAAGAAAUCACAUCAGUCCAUAAAAUUAAAAGAUUGUUAUCUUUUAGAAGAUAUUGAAGUUAUUGCUAAGAGAAAUUUAACUUCUGGUGUUUGA